AUGAUUCUCUUCUAUCUUUUGAUAGGGUUAGCCAGCUUUGUUCGAUCUGAUUUUGUGGAUAUAGCAUGUGAACGGAAUCCUGGAUUACCCUAUUGCAAAUCGCUCGAUGUCAGAAGGAAAGAACCCACUGAACCGGAAGACCCGUUCGAAGAUAAGUUCGAACCACGAGAGGGACGAAAAAGUGGUGAGGAUGACAUUUCUCUGGAAAUAGAGGAAGCUACUACGAUACGUCCCCGACGUUCAACUACUUCAGUACCACCACAGCGACAGAACAUACUGUACACGAUAUUCCCAACGCUGCAGCUCGAGAAAGACUGGAGGAAAUACUGUCCUGUUAAUCAGUAUACCUUUCAAGUUACUUGUCUUCCUGGAAAAAAACUGCGCUAUGAUUUACAGGUGUUUUGCCAGGAAUUCUCCGAAAAUUGCGGCGUUCCUAAUAUCAACCUUUAUCCCAGUAGACAUGUGGACCAAUCGGAUGUUGGUCGACCAAAAGGUUAUGGGCAGAAGCAAAAAAACGGCCAGCUGGGCUUGGGUCGUAGUUUUGGAUUUGGCCUCGGGGCCAUUCCAGGGUUUGAAGUUGCAGCAAGCCAAGGCGCAGACGUCGGCAGUGGAAAUUUGCCAUUCCUGAAUCAGAUCGGCGGUGCUAUGCUGAACUACGGGGUGGAAAUGGGAGCUCUUGGACAGAGAAUUGGCAAAGGACCUGCUAGAUCCAUGAAUGCACUCACUCAUGGAUAUCCAUCGUUUGGUCUCACCGGACAACCGAACAAUGGUGACAGAAAAUUCAGCCAAGAGGCACUCAGAUCAUUUGGAGUACCCAAUGUACCGGGUCUGAGUAAAAUACUUAAUAAACUCGGCGGCAACCGGCCCAACAAGAGAGUACGCGGCUAUGAGCCUGGAUAUGGAGCUGUCAACCCGAACGCGCCGCUCGCUAUCGGGAAGGUCGACCGCGACGCUAUCAACCUACCUGGCGGCUUCGGUGACGUCGAAAUUGAGAAGGGUGGGGGAUUUGGAUUCGGAAAAUAA